AUGAAUUUGAUCAAGAAAAAAUUGCAAACCCUCCCAAAAGACUACAGAGCCAAAAUCAUGCUAAGACUAUAUGCUGGCGUUGCCAAACCAAGUCCUAAGAUGGGUCAAUCAUUGGGUCCUUUGGGAAUCAAUAUGAUGCAAUUUUUGCAAGGAAUUCAAUGCCGCAAAGUUUAGGUUAUAGCCUUUCCAGAUAGAACAUUCAAAUUCCUGAUCAAGCCACCUGAAACUACUUGGUUUCUUAGAAAGGCAACAGGCACUGAUAAAUUCACUAAUUUCCCUGGUUAUAUAUGGUAUGAUACCAUCUCUUUGCAGCAAGUGUACGAAAUAGGUAAUAGACAUAUCAUAAUGAAUUCAUUAGCCAAAGUGAAAUAAGAAAUGGAUCCCCACUUAAAACAUGUCUCGCUUCCAGCCAUUUGUAGAAUGAUUAUUGGAUAAUUAGCAUCUUUAGGGUGCAAUUUAUCCACAUAAUAUUUUAAACCAGAAACAGUUGUUAGACCAGAAAUAAAGAGUUGA